AUGGUCAAGACCAGCCAAAACCAAGACUGUUUCUCAAUGAACCAAUUCAUCACUGCCUGCUCUUCCUCCAACCGCCUUGACCUCGCGGUUUCCUCCAUGGCCCAGAUGCAGGAGCCUAACGUUUUCGUCUAUAACGCUUUGAUUAAAGGCUUCGUCACUUGUUCUUACCCGAUUCGAUCCCUUGAAUUAUACGUUCGUAUGCUCAGGGACUCUGUUUCUCCAUCAAGCUACACAUACUCUUCGCUAGUAAAGGCUUCUGCUUUCGCUUCUGGGUUUGGGGAAUCAGUUCAGGCGCACAUCUGGAAGUUUGGAUUUUGCUUCCACGUUGAAAUUCAGACGACUCUCAUUACCUUUUACUCGAAUCUGGCUAGAAUCAGAGAAGCCAGGAUAGUGUUCGACGAAAUGCCUCAAAGAGAUGCUUUUUCUUGGACCACAAUGGUUUCUGCUUAUCGCAAAGUCUUGGAUAUGGACUCGGCGAAUUCUUUAGCUAACCAAAUGCCGGAGAAGGACGUCGCUACGUGGAACUGUCUGAUUGAUGGAUACACGAAAUCAGGCAGUGUGGAGCUAGCGGAGUCAUUGUUUAAUCAGAUGCCUGUGAAGGACAUCGUCUCAUGGACGACUAUGAUCAAUGGUUACUCUCAUAACAAGAGAUACAGAGAAGCAAUUGCAGUGUUCAACAAAAUGACAGAAGAAGGGAUCGUUCCUGAUGAGGUUACUCUUUCAACUGUUAUUUCAGCUUGUGCACAUCUCGGCGUGCUGGAUAUAGGCAAGGAGGUACAUGUGUACACUGUUCAAAACGGGUUUGUUCUUGAUGUCUACAUUGGUUCUGCAUUGGUAGAUAUGUAUUCCAAAUGCGGUAGCUUGGAGCAGGCGCUUCUUGUGUUCUUGAAUUUGCCGGAAAAGAAUCUCUUUUGUUGGAAUUCGAUCAUUGAUGGGCUCGCGGCUCAUGGUUAUGCAGUAGAAGCACUGAAAAUGUUUGGGAGGAUGGUGAUGGAAUCAGUCAGACCUAACGCAGUCACUUUCGUGAGUGUUUUAACUGCGUGUACUCACGGAGGUCUUGUAGAAGAAGGCAGGAGGAUAUAUCGUAGCAUGAUUGAUGACUACUCCAUUGUCUCUAAUGUUGAGCAUUACGGAUGCAUGGUUGCUUUAUUAAGCAAAGCUGGGUUGGUCCAUGAGGCUCUGGAGUUGAUUGGGGGUAUGGAGUUUGAACCAAAUGCGGUGAUCUGGGGGGCGUUGCUUGAUGGGUGCAAACUUCACAAGAAGUUGGAGAUAGCUGAGAUAGCGUUUGAUAAGCUGAUGGUUUUGGAGCCGAGGAACAGUGGGUACUAUUUCCUUUUGGUUAGCAUGUAUGCAGAAGAAAAGAGGUGGGGAGAUGUUGCAGAGGUUAGGGGAAAGAUGAGAGAGUUGGGUAUAGAGAAAGUGUGUCCUGGGACAAGUUCGAUUCAGUUAGACAAGCGAGUCCAUCUGUUUGCUGCAGCUGAUAAAUCUCACCCUGCUUCAGAUGAGGUUUACUUGUUGCUUGAUGAGAUAAAUGAGCUGAUGGGAGUAGAUGGAUAUAUGCAGGAGACUGAGAAUGUGUAUUAUUAA